UUCUAGGUACGAUCCCAAACUUACCCCGUUACAUUUUACACGAUUUGCCUGCUUCUCUUCUUGUACACUUGUACAUCUACAUGUCCUAGUCAGCCCUAGCAAUAGCCACAUACGUAGCAUGGAUACCAUUUACAUGCGCAAACGAAGUUUCCCAAGCAUAAGCUACGUAAGAGCAACACCACCCCCUUUCUCCUUGUGUAGGAGAGCUCAGACAUUAGUACCUCGGUCCUCGCUACGCAACUAUCCGGCCCUGAUGAAAUCUGUGUCAAUACCGACAUCUGGAAGCACUUUGCUAUCGAGACACCACGUGACGUAGCAUGUUGAGAGAUACAUGUAAUGUUGGCAAUGUA